AUGCCGCACUCAGUGUCGCCUAAACGCAACGAUGACGAAGCAAUGCCUGACGCGUCCGCGGAAACCGGAGGCAUCAAAUUGGAGGAUAUGUUCAACGACGACGAGAAUGACGAGUUUCCGGCCUCCAGCGCCCCCGACGUGAAGAUGGAAUCACCCCCAGCACCAGAGAUAGCAGAGCCUCCAGCCCCGGCCCCUUCGGGCGUCGACACCGAUGUGAUGCUCGCCUUCUACCAGCGACUGUUUCCCUUUCGAUACCUCUUCCAAUGGCUGAACCAUGGGAUUGUGCCGACCCGAGAUUUCGGUAAUCGGGAGUUUGCCUUAACGCUCCAGAAUGAUGCCUAUCUCCGAUAUCAAUCAUACACCACCGCAGACUUAUUUCGAAAGGAUAUCCUGAAAAUGAACCCCUCCCGUUUCGAGAUCGGUCCUGUCUACAGCACCAAUCCACGAGAUCGCAAAACACUGCGCGGGGGUCAAAUGAAGCCUGUCUCGAAAGAGUUGGUUUUUGAUAUCGAUUUGACGGAUUAUGAUGAUAUCAGAACAUGCUGCGUCAAGGCAAAUAUCUGUGCCAAGUGUUGGGCGUUUGUGACCAUGGCAAUCAAGGUCAUCGACACCGCACUGCAGGAAGACUUUGGCUUCGAGCAUAUUCUCUGGGUCUACUCAGGUCGUCGUGGUGCGCAUGCGUGGGUGUGUGACCCGCGUGCGCGCAACCUGCCAGACGAUCGGCGGAGGGCUAUUGCUGGUUAUCUUGAAAUAUUGCGAGGCGGCUCGCAGAGCAACAAGCGAGUCAACCUCAAACGACCGUUACACCCUCAUGUUCUUCGCAGCCUCGACAUUCUCAAGCACAGCUUCGCUCAGACGACUUUGGGUGAUCAAGAUACCUUCCUGAGUGAGGAGCAGGCCGAGCGUCUCCUUGCAUUGCUCCCCGACCAGAACUUGAAUGAGGCACUGAGAAAGAAAUGGGGAGCGUCUCCGGACCGUCCCAGCACCAGCAAGUGGGCCGAUAUCGACGCGCUUGCGAAGACGGGCAAAAGCAGUACCCUCAACCCCGUCACCCUCCGAGAUGCGAAGCAGGACAUUGUGCUUGAAUACACCUACCCCCGCCUGGAUGCCGAGGUCAGCAAGAAGAUGAUUCACUUGCUCAAGAGUCCCUUUGUUAUUCACCCUGGAACUGGCCGUGUUUGUGUUCCCAUCGAUGCCCGGAAAGCGGACGAGUUCGAUCCUCUUUCGGUGCCUACUGUCAUGAAUCUCUUGGCGGAGAUUGAUGCAUAUGAUGCCGAACAUCCUGUCGGAACUGCAGAAGUUGAGGUUCCGGAUGGUGAGGGUAGUGCAAUGAAUGGUUCAGACAUCAAGGGUGGUCGCAAACUGCAAGACUACGAGAAAACGAGUCUAAAGCCCUAUGUCGACUACUUCCGCUCCUUCAUCGCCGGGCUUCUCAAAGAGGAACGAGCCGGCAAACGAGACCGCGAGGGAACAGCGCCGGCACCGAAACCAGAUCCGAUGGAGUUUUAG